UCUUCCUUCUCGCUCUGGCGCUCACUUCUUUCAAGUUUCACUCUCUGUGUUCUUUAGGGACAGGGGAAAGGGAACCUCCAGAGUCUCAUGGUGUGAGAAAUUUCCAUCUUCCAUGGUCAGUUGAUCCUGUUUAUAUAUGUCAAUGUAACAGAGAGAGAGAGAGAGAGAGAGAGAGAGAGAGAGAGAGAGAGAGAGAGAGAGAGAGAGAGAGAGAGAGAGGUUCAUGUGAUUUCUCUUGGUUUCCGGUUUCCGAGGUUGUAGUUUUUUAGUCGCAGAGGCUUUCAUUUCGUCGGCAGAUGACGGUCUUCGCACACACAUCCGGCGGUUUUCUCGCCGUGAAACAGGUUUUCCCUGUCGAUUGUGAAGCAGAAGUUUCUCAGCGCCUGGUUGAAGCUUCGCACACCGGCGAUCUGAAGGCGGCAUCCGAAUGCCUCGCCGAUCCUUCGGUAGACGUCAACUUUGUUGGUGUUGUUUGCUUGAAAGUGAGGAAGACUGAGGUUUUCUUGCACGAUGAGUCUGCGGAUGAAGUUCGGAUUGAAUACGAGGAGUUCAAGACCGAUGUCACUCCUUUGUUUCUCGCUGUCCAUACCGGCAAUCUAACGCUUGUGCGGAAACUUCUGUGUGUCGGAGCCGAUGUCAAUCAGAAACUCUUCAGAGGCUACGCAACAACAGCAGCUGUGAGGGAGGGCCAUCUACGGAUCUUGGAGAUCUUGCUCAAGGCAGGUGCGUCUCAACCAGCUUGCGAAGAGGCCCUUUUAGAAGCAAGUGGCCAAGGACGUUGUGAAUUCUCCGAGUUGCUCAUGGGUUCCGACUUGAUUCGACCACAAGUUGCCGUGCACGCCCUUGUCAUUGCGUGCUGUAGGGGUUUCGUCGACGUGGUGGACACACUCAUGAAGUGUGGGGUGGAUGCGAACGCCAUUGAUCGAGUCCUGCUUCGAUCGUCGAAGCCUUCCCUGCACACCAACGUCGACUGUAGCGCUCUCGUUGCUGCCGUGAUCAGUCGGCAAAUCUCUGUUGUCCGACUGCUACUACAGGCUGGUGUAAGGACGGACUUGAAAGUGAAAUUGGGAGCAUGGUCAUGGGACACAACGUCAGGUGAAGAGUUCCGGGUUGGUGCAGGGUUAGCAGAGCCUUUCUCAGUCACCUGGUGCGCAGUUGAGUACUUUGAGACCAGUGGAACUGUCCUACGCAUGCUUCUCCAACACCACUCUCCAAACAUUCCUUACUUUGGGAGGACCCUCAUCCAUCACGCUAUCCUGUGUGGAAAUGCUCGAGCACUGGAUGUGCUCAUACAUUGUGGUGCAGAUGUAGAAUCCCCAGUCAAAACAACCAGGAAAACUGAAUUUCGCCCCAUACACAUGGCUGCACGACUUGGGGAGACUAAAAUCCUUCAACGCCUGAUAGAUGCUGGCUGUGGACUAAACUCCCAAACAGACUCAGGCGAGACAGCUCUGAUGAUCUGUGCGAGGUACAAACGGGAGGAGUGUCUCAGUGUCCUUGCUUCGGCCGGUGCUGAUUUUGGUCUUGUUAACUUCUCGGGUGAUUGUGCCAGUUUGAUUGCUUCGUCAAACCACUGGGCCCUUGGUUUUCAACAAGCUGUGCUUGGUGUAAUUCGAGCAGGGAGUGUUAUCCAAUCGAGCAAUGCUUCUGUCUUUACUCCUCUGAUAUUUGUGGCCCAAACAGGUGAUACUGAGUCCUUGGAAACACUGAUCAAGCAACCCGACAUUAAUCUCGACUGCCAGGAUGACAAUGGGUUCACAGCAGUCAUGGUAGCAGCCAUGGAAGGCCAUGUGGAAGCUUUCAGGUUACUUGUUUAUGCAGGGGCAGAUGUAAAAUUGUGUAAUAAGUCAGGUGAGACAGCAAUUACUCUAUCUGAACGAAACCAGAACCGUGAUCUCUUUGAGAAGGUGAUGCUUGAAUUCGCACUAGAAAGUGGUAAGCGUGGAGCUGGGGGCUUUAACGCCCUACACUGUGCAGCACGCCGUGGUGACAUAGCUGCAGUUCGUCUGCUAACAAGUAGGGGUUACGAUGUGAACGUCCCUGAUGUGGAUGGGUACACCCCUCUUAUGUUUGCAGCAAGAGAAGGCCAUGGAUGCAUAUGUGAGCUUCUGAUCUCAUGUGGAUCUCGAUGCGAAAUUAAGAAUAGAAGGGGAGAGUCCGCACUAUCACUAGCAAGGAAGAAUGGUGCAAAUGGUGAUGCAGAGGGUGUGAUACUAGAUGAGCUUUCUCGGGUGCUUGUGUUAAGAGGAGGCCAUGUUCAGAAGCAUACAAGAGGAGGUAAAGGAGCGCCGCAUGAGAAGACGAUCAGGAUGUUGGGUGCUACUGGGGUAUUGCAGUGGGGUAAGUCCAAUCGGAAAAAUGUGAUUAGUCGAGAAGCAGAGGUAGGGCCAAGCCUGGCAUUUAGGAAAAACCGGGAAAGAAAGGGUGAUGCUGAUGAGCCGGGUGUGUUCCGAAUAGUGACGAUGAGGAACAGAGAAGUCCAUUUCGUAUGUGAAGGUGGGAUUGAAACAGCUAAAUUGUGGGUGAGGGGUAUAAAGCUUGUGACAAGUGAAGCCAUUUCUGGGAAGAAACGGAGUGAUUCAUGAGAGAGGGUUAGGGUUUUGUGACAUUGGGUGUUUGUAAAGAAGUAGAGGGUGUACUUCAUCUCGAAGUAUUUAGGGUACGGUUUACUUAGCUCUUUCUUUUGAAGUGUAGAGGUUCACUCUCCGGUUGCUGUAAAAUGUUGCUUUCAGGGGAAAAGAGUAGGCGGAUAUAUGCAAUGACUCCAUUGUUUUGUCCUUCACC